AUGUCUGCUUCUUCACCCACCGAUUCAAACCCUCCUUCCGCCGUUCCUCUUCCACUUUCCCUACCUGCACCACCACCACCACCAACCACCUCCCGUCGUCUUCCUCCACCCUGCUGGACACCGGAGGAAACCUCCGCCCUAAUCGACGCUUACCGUGAUAAAUGGUACUCUCUCGGCCGAACGAAUCUCAAAGCCAUCCAUUGGCAGGAAGUCGCCGACGCUGUCACCGCUUGUUGCCCUAACGCUUCGCCGACGAGCAAAACCGCCGUUCAGUGCCGUCACAAAAUGGAGAAACUGAGAAAACGUUACCGAUCUGAGAUUCAACGGCUCAGAUCUCUUCCGAUUCCGAGAUCUCGUUCGUCUUCUUCUUGGGCUCAUUUCAAAUCCAUGGAUUCCAUGGAAAAAGGUCCUUCUCCUCCUUCUCCACCUUCUCCACUUUCUCCACCGCCCAAACUUGAAAAUCAUAACCAUCUCAACCACCGUGAAACCCUAGUUGAUAACGAUGGUUUCGAUGACGACGAUCUUUACGAGGAACUCCGAAGCGGUUCUGGAAAUAAAUUCUACCGGAAUGGAUCUUCUGGUGGUGGAUUCCGGAUCCGGAUCCCAACUGGUGUGAGUGUUGCACAACCUGGAUCUAAAUUCUACGGCGGACACCAUCAGAAAAUGAACGUGAACAUGAACAGUCACCAGAUGGAAUCGGGUUCUCGCGGUUAUAUCAACGGUGGAACGAGGCUUGUGAAGGAGAAGAUUGGGUUGGGGAAGAGAGAGAGGGAGAGAGAUGUAGAGAGAGAAAGAGAAAGAGACCCUAUUGGUGAAAUGGUGAAUGCUAUUAAGGUUUUGAGAGAUGGGUUUGUGAGGAUGGAGCAGAUGAAGAUGGAGAUGGCUAGAGAGAUCGAAACGAUGCGAAUGGAGAUGGAGAUGAAGCGGACUGAAAUGAUUCUUGAGUCUCAGCAGAGAAUUGUUGAAGCAUUUGCCAAGGCGGUUUCUGAGAAGAACAAGAAGAGAAAACUUCAUAAGAGUAAUAGCAACAACAACAUUAACAACAACAUAGCUUCGCCUUCGGAAUCGUAG